GAUUAGCACGCUUCCUGAACUUCAUUUCGAGGCAUCCAAUAUUAAAAGAUGACCAAUUGGUAGAAAUGUUUCUCAAAGAACAAAUAGAAAUAGCAGUGUGGCGUAGAACAAAUUCACCGGAUCUGGAAGAAGAAUAUCUUAAAAGAAAGGUUACACCUGAAAUGGAACGUCGUAUACCCGUAGAUUUAGAUAAAAGAUUAGAAAAAGUUGUGAAAAAAUUAGAUGAUACUGUUGAACAUUACAGAAAUAUGUGCAAUAUAAUGGAGCGUAUCUCCCGUCGCCAAGAAGGUUUGUACUAG